AUGCAGAACAUGGAGGUGUCGCCCCGCGACCCCGAGGAGUUCACUCGUUACGUACAGGACAUUUUCAAGCAGAUCAUGCCUCUGCUUGAGUUCCACGAUGAUAUCAUGCAGAGCAUUUCGGAAAAGUUUGAGAAGAUUCCCGUUCUUCCCAAGAUUCUCGAGCAGCUGGAGGAGCAGAUGACCAAGUUCGUGUACACGAAUCUUGCGCCGUUCAUUCUGCCUGUCAUUCACCAGAUCCAGAACGAGAUGAAGACUGGAUCGCAGGAGAUCGUGGAGAGCAGCGAGCGUGAGCAGCACAUUGUCUUCAACGACAACCGGUCUUCCGACCCCACUCACUCCAUGCUCUCCAAGGAUCACUUCACCAACCUUCUGAACGAGCCCGCUGGCCGCACCGCCUCUGAGAUGAUUCGCUGGGUUGUUCCCCAGAUCAUGUCUGCCAUUGAUGACGAGAACAUCGACGUCAACCAGACCCUGACCCGCAUCAUUUAUGGUGUUUUCCACCACCCCGCUCAGCGUGACCAGGGCAACGACGGCAUCAGCGAGGGCAGGAAGGUCAUCUUUGGUUCCAUUGAGAACUGGUGGGAGGGCCUUGGCCGCCAGGGCCAAGACGAUUACCGCCGCAAGCUAAGCCGUGAUGGCGUGAAGAACAAUGAGAACCACAAGCCUGGUGUUCACGACACUGGUCACGGCCACGGUUGCAACGGCAAGCUCCAGAUGCACAAGCAAUUCGGCGGCAAGCCCGAGACGUGGGAAGACAAGGUUGCCGACAAGGCGGCUGGCGCCAUCAUCACGGGUGCUACUGGUGCCAUCUCUGGCAUCAUUGAGCAGACGACUGGCGUCAAGGUACCCUCGUACAAGCAGCCUGAGCGGAAGGAGGAGAAGCAGAGCUCUGGCGCAGGAGGCUUGCUCGGCGCUGCUUCGUCUAUCUUCGGCGAGGUCUUCGGUAACGAUGAGAAGGAGAAGACUACCUCUAGCCACAAGAACAACGAUGGCUCGUACACCCAGACCCAGACCGAAUACGGUCACUCUGGCAACAAGUAUGCUCAAGCGCAAAAAACGGAGACCCAGUACCCUGACGGUGGUCGCCGUACCGAGUACAAGAAGUACGAGCAGGAAGAACAGUCUGGUGGGCGCACAAGCGGCCACGGCUACGAGGAGAAGACUGAGACGCGGCCAUCGCAGGGCGGCGGUUAUGAGCAGCGCACCGAGCGCCACGAGUACCAGGGUAGUUCUUCGGGCUACGGCGGUCGCCAGGAGCAAAGCAGUUACGGUGGUCGACAAGAGGAGAGCAGCUACGGCGGACGCCAGGAAAACUCUGGAUAUGGAGGCCGCCAGGAGCAGAGCAGCUACGGCGGACGCCAGGAGAGCUCUGGCUACGGUGGUCGCCAGGAGCAGAGCAGCUAUGGUGGUCGUGAGGAGAGCUCUGGCUACGGUGGCCGUCAGCAGGAGAGCAGCUACGGCGGCCGCGAGGAGAGCUCUGGCUACGGUGGCCGUCAGCAGGAGAGCAGCUACGGCGGCCGUGAGGAGAGCUCUGGCUACGGUGGCCGUCAGCAGGAGAGCAGCUACGGCAGCCGCCAGGAGAGCAGCUAUGGCAGCCGCCAAGAGAGCAGCUACGGCAGCCGCCAGGAGAGCAGCUAUGGCAGCCGCCAAGAGAGCAGCUAUGGGGGGCGUGAGGAGCAGAGCAGCUACGGUGGCCGUCAGCAGAGUUCUGGCUAUGGUGGCCGUGAAGAGCAGAGCAGCUACGGAGGUCGCCAGGAGAGCAGCUACGGCGGCCGUCAGGAGAGCUCUGGAUACGGUGGUCGUGAGGAACAGAGCAGCUACGGCGGUGGCGGCGGCGGUGGUUACGGAGGGCGCCAAGAAGAGAGCUACGGCGGCCGUCAGGAAGAGAGCUAUGGUAGUGGGCACGGGCGCAACCGCAGCGGCGAACGUAACCGCAGCCGGGAGCGCAACCGCAGCCAGGAACGCAACCGAAGCCGUAACCGCAGCCAGGAGCGCGCUGGUAGGGGGUAUGGGCCGUGGCGGCAGGCGUUGAGGCUGACGUGGUGA